GUGGGAGAAGCCAGACCGCCAUUUUGGCCCCUUAAAAACAUCCCCUCCCCACAGAAAAACCCGUUGAAAACAACCGACGGUAGCCGAAGGUCGACGCUUGUGCCGUUUUUUCGUCGUCGGUGUUCUCUCUCAAAAAGACACAAAAUAAAUCCUCAAAAAUUAUUGGUUAGGUUAUUUAACCACAUCAAGUGCCAGUGUAUAGUUUCAUCGUUGACUGAGGCCAUGAUGAAUAAGGAUUGCUUCUGAAUCUGAAGAAAUGGACGUGUCAGGUGACCUUACCCUCCAGUGGGUGGAGGAAGUGGGUAAUGUUAUCCACGAAGAGGUCAUUUGUGGACUUGAGGCGGAUCUGGAGACCCAGGAGGGCGAGGUUAUUGGAGCCUGUGAGGAAGUGUGCAUUGAGGAGGAUGGCCAGGGAGGGUCUGAGCAGGAAGCGACACAAGACUUGCCACCGGACACAGAGAUCCUGAUGGUCCCACAGUCCAGUGAUAUGGAGUCGAUCUACAUAGUUCCACAGGAUCAGGGUCAUGAUUAUUUAAAUAUACAAGUGACUGAGGAAGUAAUCACAGAUAACUGGGACAGAUCUGGACCUGAGGAUGGCGUCGAGAUCCCAGAGACCAAAGUCUCCCACGAUAAUCUCCUGGAGUACGAUGACAUGGAGAUUCCCUUGCCGAUAGACCAGGACUCGUACACAAAUACCCGACCUUAUCCAUGCGACUUCUGCAGCCGUCGUUUUCGAAAAAAGGCAAACCUGAUGAAUCACAUGGUGGCGCAUCAAACUGAUCGCCCACACGGCUGUAAUUUAUGUGGCGCCCGCUACGUCCGUAAGUGCGACCUAAUGAAUCAUUUGAAAAUUCACGCGUACGCCCCCACUCGCGACGGUCUGGAGGACGACCUCCAAUCCGAGGAUCUUCCAGAUGACGACGAUCCCCCCAAGGGCCGUCGAAAGAAACCUCAAGCUCCGCGAAAGCGCAAAGCUAUUCAAAAGCGUCCCCUGAACCCAUUAGACACCUCCCUAGAUCACGCAGACAAGCCCCCAAGGCUCCAAAAAUCCUUUGAUUACGUCGACGAGGACAUGCGCCUCCUUGAGGAAAUGACCACCCGGCCGAAUUCAGCCCCUCGAUGGCCAAUAACCGAUCCUACAAAACCAUACGUCUGCCAGUACUGCGGUGUGGGCUUCGCCCGGGAGAAGGCCCUUGCUUCCCAUGCGCGAAUCCACGGCGGUGACAGCCCCUUUGAGUGUACAAACUGCGGUGAUAUGUUUUGGGACGUAAAUGCCCUUCGCGAUCACAUCCGUAUAAAGCACGGCGUCACCCAAUCCCCGAUCGAUGAAUUCGAGGCUUCGGAGACCCCUUAUACCGGGGACGAUAGGUUCGGUGAGUUCUACUGCGAGACCUGCGGUGUUCCUUUUCACCGUCUCGACCUUCUCAAACGCCAUCGAAAGAUUCACGUGAAACAGGAAGGUGGGAGUGAGCAGGUGGACGCGAGUAACCACCACGUGUGUAACGUCUGUGGGGAGUGGUUCGAAGAAGCACUGGCACUCCUAGCCCAUGCCGAACUCCACGCGAGAUCUCCGACGAGACGUUGCCUCCUCUGCGGAGAACGCUGUCGAGAUGACGCAGAAGUCGCGGAACACGUGCGACUCAUUCACGGGGAGGACGCGCCUCCUAAUACGUGUACCCUGUGUGGGAAAACGUGCAAAGACAAGCGAAGUUUGUUGAAACACUCGUGGGUUCAUAAUACCGAUAAGACCUUCGGCUGCACAAAGUGCGGCAAGCGAUUCCACUCGAAAGCGCGCUUACGAAGGCACAUGGUGAGCCACAGAAACAAAAUGGUGGCUUGUGACGAAUGCGGGGAGGAGUUUCCUGAUGGUAGGGCACUGGUGUCCCACCGACACUCACAUAAUAAGGAGUUGGGGGGAAGAUCUUUUCCUUGUAGAGAGUGUGGAAAGACAUUUGGGAGCAGGAGUUCUCAGCAGAUUCACAUCAGGAUUCAUACGGGUGAGAGACCAUACGGUUGUAGAUUCUGCUGGAAAGCUUUCGCUGAUGGUGGAACAUUGAGGAAACAUGAGAGGAUUCAUACUGGAGAAAAGCCGUACGGCUGCGCCAUCUGCCCCAGAGCGUUCAAUCAGAGAGUAGUCCUUCGAGAACAUGUUCGGGCACAUCACUCAGGGCCUGAUCCCAAGUGUCAUGGAAGCCUGACUCCGUAUCUCUGUAAGGUGUGUGGAGAUUCUUUUGGAUCAUCCGAGGAGAUCAUUUUGCAUAUUGUGCAGCACUGCGAUGACAACACGGCGUUGAGGCGACAGCCGCAGGUUGGACCCAGGAAAUACAAACGGAGGAGAAAACUCAAGCCUCAUGAGAGCCCGACAAUUCCCCAGAGAAACGAAUUCGACACCGUCGAACUUUCUGAAUCCGAUGAGAAUAGCAAACGUAAAACCAAGAAGAGUACAAAACGAUCUAUUGAUGAGGGUUAUCAAUCUGUUCUAAAGUCCUUUGAGAGUUCGAUUCAGAAUAUCAACUCGAUUGUGAGUAGUACGAAGGCGAGCAAGAGUGGAAAGGUGAAGAAAAAGCUGAAGAAGGAGGAGAAGAAGGUGCCUGAGAGCAGCACAGCGUCCAAUUCAGGACGCCCGAAGAUGAUUCACACGCAGAAGACGAGAGUGCCGGUUGAGGUUGGUAGUGAUGGAGUGAAGAAGGGACAGAAGACGAAGACCAUGGUUACGAGGACGCCAAAGGUGAUGCCCGGGGAGCGUGGGAUAUUCCUUGGAGGUGAGCGAAACCGACCGAGGACUAAGAAUGUUAGCUAUCAUGUGGACGGGAGGAAUGUCAUCCCCGCUACUUUCCCAGGGAUAACAGCUGAGAUCAUUGAAGCACCUCCAGCACAACUAGCAGAACCAGAACCAGCGCCACCAUCAUCAACACCAACACCAACACCACCGCCUCCUCAGGAAUUUGUCCAGGUCAACGUCAAGAGUGAGCCUCAGAUGACCACUAGGAGAUCAGCUGCCAAUUAUUCUAAUGGAGAUAAUCUCAAUCUCCCUGAGAUUGAGGCUAAGAAGAAAGUGAAGAAGGGGGGCAAGAGGGUUGGCAGACCUAUCAAACAGGAACCUAGGGAGGAAGUUGUUGAGGAGCACUUACCGGAGGAUGAAGUUGUUGAUGAGGUGCCCAAGGUCGCUAUGGAAAUGGAAGUUGGCUUUGAGGAGACUAUGGAGGAGAAUGGCGAGAGCAUUCUACCGGAUCUGGAAUCUGUUCAUCACAAUGUUGUUGUGCCGGACAAGGUCAGUCUUAGAGUCAAGGUGGAGCCUGCUGCCACCAGGAGGUUACUCGAGGAGGAGGUGCCUGAAACUAUUGUUCCGGAUACACUUGAGUACACAUGUGAAAUGUGCUCGGCUGUUUUUUCAAGUCGUGCGGAGUUACUUGUACAUGUACCUAUACACAUUUGAUUUAGUACGGAGAUUAUGGUACAUUAGUGUGGUGGUUAGAUGGAGUGGGAGGGAGGGGUGAAGUCAGAAAGGUGAGGGGAUACAGUCCCCGAAGGUGAGGUUCCAGGUUAGGAAUUAUGUUUGAGAUGAAUGGGAAAUGGCGGAUUUCCAGGAGAACUAACCGACGAAGAGGCUUCACCAGGUGGUGGUUUUCAUCCAGAAUUUCGUCAGCUUUAAGAUGGGACCAUUUUCACCCGAAUCCCGUUUAUAGUUUCAGCAGAGAUAUUAAUUUUUUCGCGUUAAGUUUUGAGACAAUAUUCAUAGAAAUUCCUGUACAUUCAAUUUUUUUGGGGGUUGAAAGUGACUCCGGUGGAUGCAGAUGGGAAAAUUUCCGUCGAUAUUCGUUUCCAACCGAGUAUUCCAACUUUUCAUGUUCUCAAGAUUUGAUGAGAAAUUUGUCCUUCGAGAAUUUGAAGGGAUGAAAAAACUUUUACGUAGUGGAAAAUUGGAAAUUUUCCUGGCUCUCAAGUGAAUUAAGUUUCAUCAAAAAAUUCUUGAUUGUUCCGGAUAUGUCAAAAAAACGAUGCGUUAGAGUCAACUAUUUUGAUUAAACGAAUGUUCUUUAUUUUCACUCAAUUCUCGUUUAAAUUCACUUCGACACUUCUUUGUAUUCAGCACUUGUGUAAUUCAUUAUUAAUUAUUAAAGAUAAUCUUCUUUUCAUUUUUUUAUUUACUGUUGAUACUUUGAGAGGUUGUGCUCCUUGCUCUAUGAAUUGAUUUUCGUUAAGAGGCUGAAUAUCUCUUGAUCUUCCUCAUUUCAUUAAUUUUUUUCGUUCAGUUAUUUUCUUUUCCCUUUAUCCACUUUCACUUCGAAAAUAUGUGAAAACGAAAAAAUUAGAAAAUGAAACUCCGGACAUUCCCGUAAAAAGAGUAAAACAAAAUGUGAGGAAAUUUUAUACAAUUUGUAAAACUGUAAAUUUGACGAUAAAAAGAUGUAAAUAAAAUUUACAAAAACUAAAAAUUACAUUAGAGCCUUCAUUCGAAUUUUGAGCAGAGAAAGUAAAAGAGAAAAGCUGAGGAGAAUUUGUUUUUGCAAAAGUGUCGAGAAACUUUAAUAAACCUAAGACACCACAGAAAUAUUCACAUUACGUCUAUUGCUGACUUUUCAUGAUUCAAAUUGAAUGAAAUAAUAAUCAUGAAUCUGUAAUUAUCUGUGCUUUAUGGUAAUUUUAAGGAUGACUAAAAUAGUAAUUAGGCAGAAUAAUUUAGUGUAAAAUUACAAAUGAAAAAUUGUAUUGCAUGGUAGAACUUUAAUUCACAAAUAUUGAUUUAAAAAAACAAUCUAACAUAUGAGAGAAAUUAAAGUUAGAAUAAUGAAAAAGCAAAUAUUAUAAUUUUAAAUUUAAGUCAACAUAAAAAUUAAAAAAUAAAUAUAUUAAAGUAAGAAAUACAACGCUGUAUUCUGAUGGCAAAUUAGUAUAACUAGAUUCUUUAAAUGAAGUACACUUUUGUUACCUCUAAGUAACUAAUUAUUGUGACAAGGGUGGAUAUUGGAUUUUGUCAAGAUUUGGAUCAAAAAUAUUGAAUAGUAAUGAUAAUUCACAGAGACAAAGCUAAAUAAUUAAUAAAGGAGUAUGAGACGAUGGAAGGCGUAAAUUGUACAUAUUUUAUUGGGUAUGGUAUGGUGACGCAAUUUACUGUUAAUUGUAGUUGUAUUUUUCUUUGAAUAAAUAAUUAAUUAAUGGAUAUAUA